AUGAAUCCUUUAAAUUACUACGAAAUUUUAAACAGCAGAAGCUCAGAUAGUAUUCAAACCAUUAAAGAAAAUUAUCAAAAAUUAAUACUUCUGCAUCAUCCUGAUAAAAAGUUAGUAAAUAAAGCUUGGAAUGUUUUAAGAGAUCCUAUAAAACGGAAACAAUAUGAUGCAUUGAUUUAUGAAAACGAAAUAAGUUUGUGUAAUAAUGUUUUUGCUGAGUUGGACUUCACGGAAUUGAAGGAAAAUUAUGAAACAGAUUCUUCAAAAUUUUGGACUUAUCAGUGUCGGUGCGGAGGAAGUUAUAUUUUUGAAGAUUUAAAACAAUUAGAUUUACAUAAACUUAUUGAAAUCGAGUGUAAUGAAUGUUCCUUAAUUAUAAGAGUUUCAAGAAAAUGA